CUGCACCGGCAUUAACCAUUGGAGAGACAUCGCGGACCUUGAAUCAACCCUCCCCCGCGAACGCCCAUCAAGAGGGUCGUCUUAUAUCACAACAGCUACGAACAUCAAGCGGACGCGUGCAAGGGACAGUCUCUAGCUAUCCUCGAGAAGCAGCGUGCCGACCUAGCUCGAUACCACCUGAACCCGAGAACCGAGCUGCCGACGACGCCUGCCUUCCCCGACAUGAUGGCAUCCACCGACUCCUUCAUCCUGCACGACGACGUCUCACCUUCCUCCGAUAACGACGAGAUUGACUCCCUGCCUUCAAUAUCGAGCAGCGUGCUAGACUCCGAGGACGAAUCAGACGCCCAGGAGGAAUGGGAGCGUAGUCUAGAGCAGGUUCAGCUCCUCUUGACCAUGAUCGUUGUACCCUUUGCCGGCAAAUACUUUGGUCGCAAGUUUGCAUACUGGAGCUGGUCACGAUACAUGGAAUGGAUGCACAACGUGGAGGUGCGGUGGACGAACAAGGGCGCCUUUAAGGCCGCCGGCGCGGCUGAGGCAGCGGCAACAUUAUAAGAAGCGCAUUUGGGGCUUACUGGGCUCUUUGGAAAAACGAGACUUUGGGCAUUCUACUACCAAGCCUGGAACAUCCUGCAUGGUGUUCGGCGUGUAUACAUGGUUGGCGUUGAGGGCAAGCCGUCAUAGAAGAUCAGGCGGCACAUAUUGAGGUGAGGCAUCCAGCCCGGCCCAGAGAACUAGAUCUAAAUCAACAUUUGAACGAAUUAAUCAAGCAUAUCUCGAUGCCAAGGGGGUCAACUGGCUCACAAUCGCAGUAGGCUCAGUCUCCAUUUGGUCAUGCUCGGAGGUGAUCACAUAACCGGUAUCCUAUGAUCCUAGGUUGGCAUCACAUGUAGUAAGAAUAGGGUAAAGUCGUGGAAUGAUAUCAAUU